GAGGGAAGAGAGCGAGCGAUACUGUUCUUAAUUUGAUGAUAUAGUUAUUCUAUUGUCGGUACGCAUUUGGAAAGGUUCACACAAAUUUUAAAAUGAAUCAGCCACCUGCAGGAGAUGAUAUUCCGUAUUCUUAUUCGAGACCAGACCUCGUUGCUGUGACUCAGACUAAAUUAUACUUAUCCGUGAAAUUUGACCAUCGAGUUCUUGAUGGCCAUGCAAUAUUGACAGUAAAAAAGAAAGAACCGACAUAUAACGAACUAGUUUUAGAUACCUACAAUCUUGAAAUAACUGAUGUCAGAAAAGGCUACAGUCACAGUCCCUACAGAUCUUCUAGGACAAUAUUAACUUAUACUCAUGAGGAAAAUCCGCAUGAUGAUAACUUUGGCAGAAAACUUAAAAUUACCCUACCAAACGUGGAUAGUGCAGACCCAGGCCCUUCAAGCUCUAAAAAAACGAAAAGUGAUAAUAUCGAGGAUAAUAU